UUUUAUUUAAUUUUUUGUAUUUGUUUUCAAAGCCAACUAACACCCUUUUCCUUUCUCUUUCUCUGUCAGAAGACCUCUGUUGUUGUUGCGUUGUCCGUUUUUUUCUUCUUCUCUCCAAACCAGAGAGCGACCGCCGGCGAGCCUCACCUCGCCGGAAAUUCGCUCUUCUUCGCCGGAACCUCCAUUUUUCCCGAUUUCAGCUUCCAAUUGCGCUUGCUUUUUUUCUUUCCACCGUCUCCUUCAAGAGGAGCCUUUCCGCGCAAUAAUUUUUUUCCUUUUUUCCUUUUUCUGAGCGCCUGAGAUUGCAAUGCAGAGGGAAGGAGGUUUCUGUUGCUGCAAGAAGCGAGGGAUCUCUUGUUUCUGAAAUUCCUAUGCUGUGGAGCGUUUGAGAGAUUCGUUUUUUUUUGUCUCUUUCUCUUUGUUCUGGAUGAGGAGCGUGCUGAAUUUUGUGGAGGAGAAGUUUUUGUGCUAGCGAGGGUGUGUUGAAAUUCAGAAGCAGUUGUUUAUGGUGUGAAUUGCCAUGUUCAUUGUAAUCAGUCCUUUCUCUUGUCGAGCGAAUGACCUUGAAUUUCCCGCAUAUGUCACGGGAUAGAGCCUGACGAAAACUAGCAAGGAGGGAGGUUUUCGGUAUUUUCUGGACAAGCUGCAGGAUGCCUUCUGAAAUCAUGGAGAAGAGGGGUGCUUCUGCCUCAUCUCGCUUUUUGGAUGACAUUUCCUAUGUUUCUGAGAAGAAUACUGGAUUACGAAAGCCAAAAUCUAUCCAUGACCAUUUUCUACAAGGGAAGAGUGAAAUGGCGGCAUCACCUGGCAUCAUUUUUAAUACUUCGUCACCCCUUGAAACAAAUUCAAAAACAGGCUUGUCAAUUUCUCAGACUACUCUAUCUCGGGAAAUUACAGAAGACCUACAUUUUGGCAGAGAAACAGGCAAUACAGAUAUGCUGAAGGAUUCCACCACAGAAUCAUUGAAUUAUCACAAGAGAUCAUGGUCUAAUGUGCAUAGGCAGUCAGCAUCUGGCUCAUAUGGUCUAAUUGGGAGCAAGAUUGUCACCAAUGCUGCCUCACGUGAAAGCAGUCUGUUUUCAAGCUCGCUGUCUGACAUGUUUAGCCAAAAGUUGAGGUUAUUGGGGAAUGGAGUGCUGUCUGGUCAACCCAUUACAGUUGGUUCCUUUCCUGAGGAAGAACCGUACAAAUCUCUUGAAGAAAUUGAGGCUGAAACUAUUGGAAAUCUCCUUCCUGAUGAAGAUGACCUGUUUUCUGGAGUCACUGAUGAGUUAGGAUUCAGUACUGGCACUAGAAUGAAUGAUGAUUUUGAAGAUUUUGAUUUGUUCAGCAGCAGUGGAGGCAUGGAAUUGGAAGGAGAUGAACAUCUAAUUUCCGGAAAAAGAACCAGUUGCGGGGAUGAAGAUCCUAAUUACUUUGGAGUUUCUAAAGGAAAAAUUCCUUUUGGUGAACAAUCUUCUAGAACACUUUUUGUUAGAAACAUCAAUAGCAAUGUAGAAGAUUCCGAGCUAAAGGCUCUCUUUGAGCAAUAUGGAGAUAUCCGAACCAUAUAUACUGCCUGCAAGUAUCGUGGAUUUGUUAUGAUUUCUUAUUAUGAUCUAAGGGCAGCACAAAAUGCAAUGAAAGCACUUCAAAAUAGGUCAUUGAGAUCUAGGAAACUUGAUAUACAUUAUUCAAUUCCAAAGGGCAAUGCUCCAGAGAAGGAUAUUGGUCAUGGUACACUGAUGAUAUCUGAUCUUGAUUCAUCUGUUCUGAAUGAUGAACUAAAACAGAUUUUUGGGUUUUAUGGAGAAAUUAGAGAAAUCUAUGAAUAUCCACAACUGAAUCAUGUCAAAUUUAUUGAAUUUUAUGAUGUCCGGGCUGCGGAAGCUUCUCUUCGUGCAUUGAAUGGGAUCUGCUUUGCUGGGAAGCACAUUAAGCUUGAACCUGGUCUUCCCAAGAUUGCAACAUGUAUGAUGCAGCAAUCACAGAAGGGAAAAGAUGAACCUGAUUUUGGUCAUAGUUUGAGUGACAACAUAUCCUUAAGGCAUAAUAAAGCAGGAGUGUCAUCUGGAUUUAUUGCAUCUGGUGUCAGCUUGGAAAAUGGAUAUAAUCAGGGAUUUCGUUCUGAAACACAGCUACCUGCUUUUAUGGAUAACUCACUGUUUCAUGUGAAUUCUAGCAUUCACAAGACCACAAGAGGGGCAUCUGCUGGAAAAGUAUCUGGUGUUUUUGAGGCCUGUAAUGCUAUUGAUGCGAUGAAAUUUGCAUCCAUUUCGAGGUUCCAUCCUCAUUCUUUACCUGAAUAUCGCGAAAGUUUAGCUAAUGGCAGUCCUUACAACUUUUCAAGUACCAUUAACAUGGCUGCCAAUAUUGGAACUGGAUCGACGGAAUCAUCUGACAGCAGGCACAUUCAGGGAAUGAGCUCAACUGGGAACCUAGCAGAGUUUAAUGCAGCAGGAAAUGGAAACCGCCCCCAUCAUGGACUUUAUCAUAUGUGGAAUGGGUCCAACUUGCAUCAGCAACCUCCUUCAAAUUCCAUGCUUUGGCAGAAAAUACCAUCCUUUGUUAAUGGUGCUUGUUCUCCAGGUCUUCCACAGAUACCCAGCUUUUCUAGAACACCGCCUCAUGUGCUUAGAGCAUCUCAUAUAGACCAUCAAGUGGGAUCUGCGCCGGUUGUUGCAGCCUCACCCUGGGAUAGACAACAUUCUUUCUUGGGAGAGUCACCUGAUGCAUCUGGUUUUAGAUUGGGUUCUGUUGGAAGUCCAGGCUUUCAUGGUAGCUGGCAGUUGCAUCCUCCUGCUUCUCACAAUAUAUUUUCUCAUGUUGGUGGGAAUGGUACAGAAUUGACAUCAAAUGGUGGGCAGGGCUCUCCUAAGCAGUUGUCACAUGUUUUUCCUGGGAGACUUCCCAUGACUUUGGUUUCUAAAAACCUCUAUUCUCGUAGAAGUGAACCAAACACUAACAACAAUGCUGAUAAAAAACAAUAUGUACUUGACCUAGGCCGCAUUUUGCGUGGGGAUGACAACCGGACAACGCUCAUGAUAAAAAAUAUUCCCAAUAAGUAUACUUCAAAGAUGCUUCUUGUUGCCAUAGAUGAGCAAUGUCGAGGAACUUAUGAUUUUCUGUAUUUGCCAAUUGAUUUCAAGAACAAAUGUAAUGUUGGCUAUGCAUUCAUCAAUAUGAUUGAUCCUGGACAAAUUAUUCCAUUCCACCAGGCUUUUCAUGGGAAAAAAUGGGAGAAAUUCAACAGUGAAAAGGUAGCGGUACUCGCCUAUGCCCGAAUUCAAGGAAAAUCUGCUCUUAUUGCUCAUUUUCAGAAUUCAAGCCUAAUGAAUGAAGAUAAACGUUGCCGCCCCAUUCUCUUCCAUACAGAUGGCCCAAAUGCUGGUGAUCCGGAGCCUUUCCCCUUGGGUAACAAUAUUAGAGUGAGGCCUGGAAAAAUUCGCAUGAAUGGUAAUGAGGAGAAUGGCAGCCAAGGGAAUCCUUCAUCUUUGGCAAGUGGAGAAGAGUCUGGGAAUGGAACAGAAUCUACAUCGAGCUCUUCAAAAAGUUCUGACUGAUUUAGCAUCAUGAUCUAACAGUUCAAUGUGCAUGUGAUGUCAUCUCCAAGACUGUAUAUUUACAUUUUCUUUUUGUUCGAUCGAGCGAGAGAGGAGUUGGAGCCGGUAGGAAAGGGGGCUCACAAUUUUUUUCCUAUAGAGGAGCCUUGCAAGAGUUUUUGGAAGUUGAAGUACAUAACCAAGAAUGAAGUAACUGAUUCUAUUGUUUUCCGUUAUUUUCCUAAAAUUUUGCAUGGAGUACUGCUACCAUCUUACCACUUUAGAGAAUAGCUUAACUGAAGCUUAAAAUUUUGGCUAGCUGUGAACGGGGACAAUGUGACACUUUGCAGUUUCCUUGAGAUAAUGUGCAUCAUUGCGGUUUUCAAGGGUUCUUUGCUGAUUUUGUUUUCAUGGUUAUCUUUGUUAUUCAUAUGUAAUUUUGUUUCCUUAUAUUCCUUAUAUUGCUGAUUUAUUGUCCAUAUACUUUAUUGAUUAGAAAAAAUGCUUAAUUCAGCCUUA